AUGUGCACGGAGAGUUACAGGAUCAUGCGAGACUUACCAAGUCAGUUGAGAAGUUCAUCAACAGGACACAGUCGGAGCUCCAACUCUCGUGAGGCUCGUGCUGCAGCGCAGCAGCUUCACCGGUUCCGCCAUGCCUCUGUGGGUUCUUGCCGACCUCAUGAGUAUCCAGAAUUGGUGGUGGCCGCUCUUGACGUGGCAUCUGUCCUCGAAGAGCGCUUGGCAGAUGCCGAGCAACGCCUUUCACAGCUCUUGCGAAGUGUAGAGUUCUUGGAAGAGCUUCGAGAGCUCUUCCAGAGUCGUUCUCCCAAAUUUGCCAUACGGCCACCACCUUUCCAGAA